GGCUGUUUGUCUGCGUGAAGCUGGCAUGUCCUCUCGUUCCCCUGCAUCUGGUCCUCAUUAGCAGAGCCGAGAGUAUAAAGCAAGGAGCUGACAGGGACUGGAAACACUCGAGUUCCUGCCUGGAUCAUGGGGUUUACUAUCUGGCUGUGCGUGCUCUGUCUGCAGGCAAGCCUGCUCUCACACGCCCUCGACUGCUCAGGAGCAACACAGGGAGAGCUGUGUGUCAGGGGACAGACCGCAGACGGACAGUAUGAUGAUCAGAAGCAGCAGAGGGCGCUACCAUUAACUGAAGAACUGGUUUUGUUCAGACGUAAGAGACAGUUGGAGCGGAGGGGUCCCACCCACCUGAGCCACUCCAGCCUGCCCGGGGCCUUCUCUGUCAAAGGCUUCCCUAACACUCUCACCCAGGCUGAUAGGUCCAGGCGGCACUUGGUUCAAGCUGCGAGUAAGAAAAAGAACAAGCGUAAAUCCCGCCUUGGCUCCUUCUCCCUCCUUAGCAACGACAAGAAAUCCAACCCCCUACAGGUGACUAGAGCAAGAAGACAGGUGAAGGCCGAGCCUCCCAAGAGGAAUUCAGGCCGAUCUGGGGCCUUCUCCGUCCUGGGAGAUCCACAGAAUGAUGGACAGAACGACAGACCCAAAAGAAGCAUACAGAAGGACGAGUGUGUAAUGGCAAUUUUAUAUUCUGUGUUGUAUUUCAGUGAACACUCUGAUAUUGUGCAUACUGACACUGCCUGCAUUGGGUAACUUGUGGGUCAUGCAGCAGCUGCCUUAGUGUGCACAGUCCCCUCAAAAAACAUGUAAACAAAAAAUGAAGAUUGGUGUGAAAAUUGGACAUUUGGAAUAAGAAUUUCUGUGUGUGUUUGGUUUAAAUCAUUUUGGUGCGCGUGUCAAUCAUUACUGUUUCAAAUGUAAGCUAGCUUACUUUUCUCAGCCAGCCUGCGGAUGCUUUUUAUACACUAUUUCAAGUCUCUAAUAUAUUCCUGCAUGUUAUAAAAUCAAGUAAAAAAUGAUCCAAUAUUAAUAUUAUAGUUUGCCAUUUUGUUCUAACCUAUUUAAUCACAGAUUCCUUAUGAAGAUUGGGGUUAUAUUUUUGCAGAAAUAUUUCUUGUGUUGUAUCAUAUUUCAAUAAAAGUUUC